AUGGCUGAGGUGCUGACCCCAUCUGAAGAUUCAGUGCACCGGCCUCUCCACCCUCGCCACCUCCAGAAGAUGUUGCACAAGUUCGCCCACUGCGAGGACGACCGCCAGCAGGCGCUGGAAGCAGCUCCCCGGGCCCCGCUGGAAGCGACGCUGGCCACGGUGACCCCGCACCAGCUGCUGGACCUGGCCCUGGUCACCGGGGUGUCUACGCCUCCCAGACAACCAGAACAGAAGCUGCUGGCGUCGAAACCGAUGUUCCAGCGGUGGCUGCAAGUCGUUAGUGAUGCUACCGGUGCCCACGGCCUUUCCGGCCAGCUUAGAGGCUAUCUGAUCGAUCUGGACACCGAUCUGGACGAGGACGAUUUUGCCCUGCUGGAGUCCCAGGGGAACUUUUUGAUGAACUUUUUGACGCUGGCGUGUAAUUUCGGUGGCAAACACUUACUUGGCGAGCCCGGUCUGCCGGGGCUGCUGCUGCUGGGGAACCGUCACCAUAACCACCCGCUUAAAAUGCUGUACCACCCCGUCGACCCAAAUCAACCGUUACACACUUAUCCGAGAGACGGUGGUUUUGCUGAUGAUGCUAGUAGCGAUAAUGCUCUGAUGGCUACGGCUCACUAUACUUGGCCCGAGUAUGACCCGACGUCAGGUGAGCCUACUAAGCCCGGUGAAGCUCCCCACGGCCACCAGCACCUGCCCACUCAACUGGAAAUGGAUUAUCCUACUGACAAACCGGAACUGACGCCAGUAACUCAAACCUGGCCCAUGACCACUGACGGCAACGAACCCCCGGCGUACUCGGACUACUUUGCCGGUACCGAGAUGCCAGCGGAACUCACACCGUUGCAACGGUCGUUUAUCGACCACUUCGACUUGCUGUACGUCAGUGCCAUGGAGUUUGCCACUAAGAUCAAGACUGAUCGUCCGGCUCAACGCACCUGUGAAUUGAUUCAAGUGCUGAUGGCCGAUCGAGUAAAACAGGUAUUUGAUCUCGACGAUAAUGACCGGUUUAUCGGUAAUCUGACGGCGUGGUUGAUCCAUAACGUCAUGCUUCAAGGCCACGUCCAUUUAACUGACCAUUGUCUUCUUUACUUUGGGUUCUUACCUAAACGGAACUUGGUGAUGGACCAUGACUUUGUUAAAGACGAUGAUGCUGUGGACAUCGUCCAAAUGGGGCCCUUAGGUAUGCGCCAGCUGAAGUACGGUGAGGCCAUGGUGACGCUGUUGACCACCCACCGCUACUGGGGGGUGUUGCGGUUGGAAACCCUCUCAAUCUACUCGCUGCUGACCGAUUUCUACUUCCCUCGGGUCAUUAUCAACUUGAAGCUGAUUCGUAAGGUGGAGAUUUUGGAGCACGAAAAACUCCAGCCUAAACGCCCCGACGGUCUUUUCUCGCCGAAACUGUGGCUCCACUCGCGCUCAGGGCUGGGCACCGCCUCUCACCCCGAACUGAGAUCGGUGCUGGCCCUGGCUACCGACUCGGAAGAGCUGGACGAUGACGUCGAAGACAUGGAGGUGCCAUUGCUGGUGACGGAAGAUAACACCGAAGCUGCCACGGAGGGCGUAUGGAUCAAGCUUUCUACCAAGAAGAAGACGUACAAGUUUCAUUGCGACAACAUUUACCUGGCUCGUGAAUGGGUCAACAAUAUCCAGAAGUGUGUGUUCCGCUUACGCAACGCUAAUGCCGCCGAGGAAGUGAUCGUGAAGAUCCCGCUCGCUAACAUCGUGCUGAUUAAAGGUGACGACCUUCUCGUGGGGCUGAAGGAAGACGACGAACGUGACCCUCACGAACCGAGAAACGUCGUCAUCUACUACGUCAGUACUCACCACAAGAAACACCACCGCGAUGACCAAAAAGUCCACCAGCGCGAUACCCGCAUCGAGCUGAUCACGCUUGUGUUUUUCCGUAACGCUGCUGCCGUCAUUGACUUAUUACAGCGUACAUGGACAUUCUCGCCGAAACCACAGUCCCACGUCCAUAAUAUGGAGGAGACCAAGCGCGACCGGUUCUUCAGACGGGCAAAGCAGAUGGUGUCUCAGGAUGAGCACGCCUACUCACAGACGAUGCUGACGCUUUCAGACAACCACGGCCACGACUACAUUCUCGACCAGUUGGAGUACACGCUGCAGUUCCGGGCCGAGUUUGACGCCGUUACUCUGGCGCAUAAUAGUGACGACGAAGACGACGCUAAGCUGCUGCUGAAGUUCCGCAAGUUUAGCCACAAGUUGUUGCUGAGGUUCUCUGACGAGCCGUUGCACCCUCAAAAGGAAGUGGCGCCGGAAGGGCUGCCGCUGCUGCCAGCAUACCCGAAGCCGUUGACUUUGGAGCUGCUCCGUCGUCUCGGAAUGACAUUCACGACUCGUCUUAAGGACCCCCAGUGUACUUCGCUUGAGUACCAGAUGCAACUUCAACGCAAUCAGAUGAUGAAAGAAGGCCAGUGCCGGACGCUGGUUCCGGCGAUGGGGCUUCUGGACCCGCUGACUUACGACGAUCAGGCACGCAACAACCACAAGGAGAACCGCUUCGCUAAGAAGAUCAAGGUGGUGCUGGGUAUGCACAACUUCUUGACGCUGAACCCCAGUCACUACUUCCCUCUGGCCGAACACGACCAGUACUUUGUGGCUAACGAACAAGAAAGAGACGAGCUGUUACGCCGCUUCCGUGAACACUUUGCCGCGCUGAAGGAGCUGGAAUUGAUUGCGCUGUACUACGUGUACAUGAAGAAGGGCACGGUGCCUGUGUACGGUAAGUUGUACUUGGGGCUGGACGAGUUGUGUUUCCGGCUGAUGUUGAUCGGGGUGCUGACGAAGAUGGUGUUGCCGUUGCGUAAGAUCGAAAACGUCAACAUCUACAGGGACACGUUCAAGCUCCACCACAGCUUGGAGUUCACGUUAGCCGGAGCACGGCUGUUUGAAGUUGAAUUGGGGCUGGAACAGGCACGUGAUGACGCCUACUCAAUGAUCAUGACCCAAUUGCUGGCGGUGCACGCCGACGAGAACUGGGAACCCCAAGACCACGACUGGGCCCACAACUCGCUGGAUAAAGCGGCGCAACUGCGUAAGAAGCAAGAUUAUGGCCCCUUGCACCGUGAGGAUUACGACUACUUCAACCAGGUGCUUGAAAUUGACAAGGCUCGUGUCAAGAUGUUUGAAGAUAAGCUCGCUGCCGCCCUGGGGAUGGACAUUCCGUUCAUGUUGGAAGAUCUGCCAAUGUUCAUGACCGAAGUGAGACUGGCAAAGCCGAUGAAGAUAACGUUUUUGACCAUCGGGCUGCGUGGUGACGUCCAACCUUACAUUGCCUUAGGUAAAGGGCUUUUACGUGAAGGUCACCAAGUGACUAUUGCCACCCACCAUGAGUUUGGCGACUGGAUCCGUAAACACAACAUGGGGUUCAGAGAAAUUGCCGGUAAUCCCGCAGAAUUGAUGGACUUGAUGGUGCUGCACGGACUGAUGUCGGUUGGUUUCCUCAAGGACGCCAAGGCCAAGUUUGGCGAGUGGCUUAAGGAGUUGUUGUUUACGCUGUGGCGGGCCUGUCAAGGGUGUGAUUUGCUUAUUGAGCUGCCGCUGGCUAUGGCCGGUAUUCACAUUGCCGAAGCUCUUGGUGUGCCCUACAUGCGGGCGUUCACGAUGCCGUGGACCCGUACGCGGGCUUACCCUCAGGCGUUUAUGGUGCCUGACCUGAAUAAGGGCGGUUCCUACAACUACUUGACCCACGUGAUGUUUGAAGGUGUGUUCUGGAAGGCGAUGAGUGGCUACGUCAACCGCUGGCGGGUCAACGAGCUCAACUUGCCCCGCACCAACAUGUAUCGCAUGGCGCAGAACUCGGUGCCGUUCCUCUACAACGUGCUGCCUACCGUCCUUCCCCCAGCGCUUGAUUUCCCAGACUGGGUGAAGGUUACUGGUUACUGGUUCCUCGACGAAGGUGGGGCUAAGGACUACGACCCGCCUAAGGAACUCAUCCAGUUCAUGAAGAAUGCCCGUGACGACGACAAGAAGAUUGUCUACAUUGGGUUCGGGCUGAUUGUGGUUAAAGAUGCUCUGAAGAUGACCAAGGCCGUUAUCGAAGCGGUGCUUGAAGCCGACGUCCGCUGUAUCUUGAAUAAAGGGUGGCUGGACCGGUUGCUGAAGGAAAAGAAGCCUGAAAUCCAGUUGCCUCCCGAGAUCUACAACGCGGGGCUGAUCCCUCACGACUGGCUCUUCCCCAAGAUCGACGCUGCCGUCCACCACGGGGGGCUGGGUACCACCGGGGCGACGAUGAAGGCGGGGAUCCCCACCAUCAUCAAGCCGUUCUUUGGCGACCAGUUCUUCUACGCUAUGCGUUUGGAGGCGAUGGGCGUCGGUAUCGAGUUGAAGAAGUUGACGUCAAAGCUGUUAACCGAGGCCAUCAUCAAGGCCACCCUGGACGUCAAGAUGAUCGAACGGGUGCGCAAGGUGAGCGACAACAUCUCCAGAGAGUUUGGGGUGAUGACGGCGAUCAAGUGCAUCUACAACCAGAUGGAGUACGCCCGCAACUUGAUUGCCAUCAAGCAAUUGUACGCCGAAAACUACAAGAAGCACACUCCCGACUGGCGCGAAGAAGAGGACGGAUGGGACGAGCUGGACGAGGAGGCGAUGGCCGAGGCCCGCGAGGAAGUGGCUACCGCUGCCGAAGAGGACGACGAGGCCACGUUGGCUGCUUCGUCUCAACACUGA